GCGAACAAUAGAAAAAACGCAAGUGGAACAGCGCGUAGAAUGCGGGUUUGAAAUUCCCAAUGUAACCUUUUGUGAAGGAUCAGAUUAUCAUCCCUACUUGGUUUCUCUCUCUCAAUUGACGUAUCAAACUCUUGCAACUCUCUUGUCCGCUGCACCAAAUCACAUUUUCCUUCCUUUCUACGUAUCUUUUUUUUUUUUUUUUUUAAAUUCUUCCCUACAUAAAUUUUUUUAAUGAUUUUAUAAGAGAAAUAAAAAAUAAUUGCGAAAUUAAGCAGACUCAUAAACCUCUAUAAAAUCACCGGACUCUUUGUCUUUUUUGUUUUACGAAAAAAAGAAAAAAGAAUAUUAUUGAAGGCCUGCACUGCUGCAUUGCUUUCUUGCGUGUUAUGAUAUAUACCUCGAACGAACAUAAUUGAAAGACGGUAAUGGGCGUGGUGACACUUAAAGACUUGAACAGGUCUUCUUCUUUGUUAUUUCCUUCAUAUCAUAUAAGUAAGCUACGUCUUCUCAAAUUAUUAUUAUUAUUAUUAUUAUUAUUAUUAACAGAAGAAACUGAUGAAGAGUGGAAGACAGGGUCUACUCUUGAAAACAGGGGCAAAGUUUGUUCUUUUUUACUCUGUAAUUCUUGUUGCAUAUCAAAAUAAAGGGGUUUCUGUUAAAUAUUAGUUGCUCACAUGGCUCACAAUUCAUAUAAAGAUAGAAAAGCACCCAGAAUUCAUGAGAUUAGCAAUUACGCUGGCGAUCUUCACAGUGACAUUGGUAGUGUGGAAUUCACCACAUACACGGUUCACAUACCUCCUACACCUGAUAACCAGCCCAUGGAAAUUUCUAUAGCCUCGCCCUCUAGUCAAAACACCAUAGACAGGACUUGCAUGUCAAACUCUAUGUUUACCGGCGGUCAUAAUCGCGCUAUUCGAGCGCAUUCUAAGGGAAAGAUGAUUGAGUCGCAAACAAGCCAUUCCCAGAUGGCUGCUACAGAUGGGUCCUUUUACGAAGUGCCUGCAAGUGAUGCUGAUGGCAGUGGCAGUGGUGUGGAUUUGUACCCUUGUGAAUGUGAACACGAAGCUUGGAGGGACUAUGACAGAGAUGAGGAGGGGGUCUGUCCUGGUUGCCAAAAGCCUUAUAGCAGGCAUGAUAUGCCUAGUUUGGAUAGAAGGUUGACAUGGGUCAAAUCGAAUAAUGCAUUUGCGAAAGGCCAGAGCGCUGAUGAUUUUGCUUCUCAAUUCUUGUUUGAGUCCACGAAGAAUUAUGGUUAUGGAAAUGCUAUUUGGCCUUCGGAUAGUACGAGGGGAAAUGAUGAGGAGAUUUCGGAUAAUCUGAAAGUGUUUUCUGAAAAGAAUCGGAAACCACUUACUCAAAGAGUCAAUAUAUCUGCUGCAAUUAUCGCUCCAUAUAGGAUCUUGAUAUUCGUCCGAAUGAUUGUUCUUGGCUUAUUCCUGUAUUGGAGGGUUACGAACCCUAAUGAAGAAGCAAUCUGGUUGUGGGGCAUGUCUGUAGUGUGUGAAAUCUGGUUUGCCUUCUCUUGGCUACUUGACCAGCUUCCCAAGCUCUGCCCAAUUAAUCGUGCUGCUGAUGUUGCUGUUCUAAAGGAGACGUUUGAAACUCCUACACCAAGUAAUCCUACUGGAAUAUCUGAUCUUCCUGGAAUAGAUAUCUUUGUUUCCACAGCUGAUCCAGAGAAAGAACCACCUCUUGUCACUGCAAAUACUAUUCUGUCUAUUCUUGCCGCUGACUACCCAGUUGAGAAACUAUCAUGUUAUGUCUCUGAUGAUGGAGGUGCUCUUUUAACUUUUGAGGCCAUGGCAGAGGCUGCUAGUUUCGCUAGCUUGUGGGUACCAUUUUGCCGGAAACAUCAAAUUGAACCCAGAAAUCCAGAAUCUUAUUUUAGUUUGAAAAAAGACCCUUAUAAGAACAAGGUGCGCCCGGACUUUGUCCGAGAUCGUAGACGUGUAAAACGCGAAUAUGAUGAGUUCAAAGUACGAAUCAACGGGCUUUCUGAUUCAAUCCGCCGACGUUCUGAUGCCUACAAUAUUCAGGCAGAAGUCAAGGCCAUGAAGAAGUGGAAAGAGGAAAGUGAAGACGAACCAAUGGGAAAGUUGAAUAUUGUAAAAGCCACUUGGAUGUCUGAUGGAACCCACUGGCCAGGCACCUGGACAGUUCCAGCACCUGAGCACAGUAGGGGCGAUCACGCCAGUAUCAUACAGGUAAUGUUGCUGCCUCCUCGUGAUGAACCACUAAAUGGCACUGUCCAUGAUGGCCAAUCCAUGGACCUAAGUGAAGUUGAUAUUAGGCUUCCUAUGCUGGUUUACAUUACUCGUGAAAAGCGACCUGGUUAUGAUCACAACAAAAAGGCUGGGGCCAUGAAUGCGUUGGUUCGAGCUUCAGCUGUUAUGUCCAAUGGCCCUUUCAUUCUAAACCUUGACUGUGAUCAUUAUAUCUACAAUUCACAGGCAUUAAGAGAAGGUAUGUGCUACAUGAUGGACCGCGGUGGAGACAACAUUUGUUAUGUUCAAUUUCCACAGAGGUUUGAAGGAAUUGAUCCGUCUGAUCGAUAUGCUAAUCACAAUAUUGUCUUCUUUGAUGUCAACAUGCGAGCUCUUGACGGGAUUCAGGGUCCAGUAUAUGUUGGAACAGGAUGCCUUUUUCGCCGUAUUGCUGUUUAUGGUUUUGAUCCUUCUCAUUUUGAAGAACAGAGCAGUUAUUGUAGCUGCUGUUUUGUCCGUCGCAAGAAGAUUGUUACUGUGUCUGUCCCUGGAAAGAACAAAGACGACGAGGAAAUAAAUUUUGCUCUUAUUCCCAAAAAGUUUGGAAACUCGAGUGAGUUUGUUAGCACCAUAGCAAAGGCAGCAUUUGACGGUUUGCCCCUUGCUGAAGGUCCAACUGCGAAAAAUGGACGGCCUCCUGGUGCUCUCUGCAUUCCUAGGAAGCCUCUGGAUCCAUCCUCAAUUGCCGAAGCUGUGAAUAUCAUCUCGUGCUGGUAUGAAGAUAAGACAGAAUGGGGCCAACAUGUCGGAUGGGUAUAUGGAUCAGUGACUGAAGAUGUAGUCACUGGUUAUAAAAUGCAUCAGCGAGGAUGGAAAUCCAUUUAUUGUAUGACUAAUAAGGAUGCAUUUCGGGGGACUGCCCCAAUUAAUCUCACUGAUAGACUUCAUCAGGUUCUCCGGUGGGCAACUGGCUCUGUGGAGAUAUUCUUUUCUCGAAACAAUGCCCUUCUCGGUGGCCACAGGUUGAAGCUGCUGCAAAGGAUUGCUUACCUCAAUGUUGGAAUUUACCCUUUCACUUCCAUCUUUCUGAUUGUUUACUGCUUCCUCCCUGCACUUUCGCUCUUCUCUAACCAGUUUAUAGUUGAUUCUCUGAGUGUAAACUUCCUGGUAUACCUGUUGAUGAUCACCUCGACACUUUGUAUUCUUGCCAUACUUGAGAUCAAGUGGGCUGGCAUAGCAGUAGAAGAUUGGUGGAGAAAUGAGCAAUUCUGGUUGAUUGGAGGCACAAGCGCCCAUCUUGCUGCUGUGCUCCAGGGGCUACUGAAAGUGAUUGCAGGGAUUGAUAUUUCAUUCACGCUGACAUCAAAAUCAGCUGGCGAUGAUGGUGACGAUGAAUUUGCUGAUCUAUACAUCGUCAAAUGGACGUCGCUGAUGAUACCACCCUGCACAAUCAUAAUGGUCAACUUGAUUGCAAUAGCAGUUGGGAUUUGCAGAACCAUAUACAGUAAUACACCUCAAUGGAGUAAUCUGGUAGGAGGUGUGUUCUUUAGCUUUUGGGUGUUGGCUCAUCUUUACCCAUUUGCAAAAGGGCUAAUGGGAAGAAGAGGAAAGACACCCACGAUCGUAUUCGUUUGGUCUGGUCUAAUUUCAAUCUCCAUUUCUUUGUUGUGGGUCGCCAUUGAUCCUCCAUCAGGAGACAAUCAAAUUGGAGGGUUAUUCCAGUUGUUAUGAUUCAAGCUCUCUGUUUUAGCACCUUGCGAGGAUAGAUUCUUUUUCUUAAUAAAGAAAAAAUCAAUAUAUUCUAGAAACAUAUUCAGCAAUUGUAAUUAAGUCCGCAAUAUUGUAUCUACAAAAUUAGUCGAGAAAUGUAUAUGGCUAUACAGAAUGCAUCUAUCUACAGAGAAAGAGAAAUUGCCCA